UCAGCCUCUGAAAGCUGAUCAAGGACUUUGUAUAAAGGUGGGUGUGGGGCUUUUGGGUCUUUACAGGUACAGAAUUGGUGAGAUUAAUUACUUGUUAUUAGUGUUUGUUUGUGUUUAGUUGGACUAAGAUAUGGGUAGGCAGCCUUGCUGUGACAAACUGGGUGUGAAAAGAGGGCCAUGGACGGCUGAGGAAGACAAGAAACUCAUCAACUUUCUUCUCACCAAUGGCCAAUGUUGCUGGCGGGCUGUUCCUAAGCUUGCUGGCCUCCGCCGCUGUGGCAAGAGCUGCCGGCUUCGAUGGACUAAUUAUCUUCGGCCUGAUUUGAAGAGAGGUCUUCUUUCUGAGGCUGAAGAACAGUUGGUUAUUGACCUUCAUGCCCGUCUUGGCAAUAGGUGGUCAAAGAUUGCGGCCAGGUUGCCAGGCAGAACUGAUAAUGAGAUCAAGAAUCACUGGAACACCCACAUCAAGAAAAAGCUUCUCAAAAUGGGAAUUGAUCCUGUUACUCAUGAGCCCUUGAACAAAGAAUUAGCUAAGGCUGAAGAAAUUUCUUCUCAUGCUAAUAAUUCUGCAGAUAAUCAUAUAACAGAAAAUGAUGGCAUCGCCAAUUCAUCAGAGGAUAAUUCGAGUACACAAACUGAGAAUUGCUCUAGUACUGAUGACUCCAACUUGAUAGACAGCAUUUGCAACGAUGAUUCUUUAUUGACUAGCUUAUGGAUGGAUGAACCAGCUCCCCUGGUCGAUGCUUCAUGGAACGGUAUACCAGCGGAAGAAACUUGUAAUGGCACAAGCUUGCCAUCUUGGGAGGAGAACUGUGCAUGGUUGCUGGAUUGCCAGGAUUUUGGUAUUCAUGACUUUGGAUUCGAUUGCAUAAACGACAUAGAAUUAAACUCGUUAGAGAUGGGCAACAAAACAGUAGCCUGAUGCACCAUAGUUGAAGCUGUGAGUAAAAUAUCAAAAUUAAUUACUUAAAGCUUCAAAUUAAGGUGCAUAUGUUACCAAAAGUUUAAUGUCCAGUUGAUUUCAAGUCUUCAGUGUUGAUUUAAUCUUCCUGUACUUCGUAAUAUUGUUGGAAGGUCGAAGGUAAACCUCGCUUCUUCAGAGGUUUCUCACCUACCAAUUUAAAAGUGACACCAACCCUCACAUCCUCAAGGUGUGAUAUUUCUUGAUGCCUUGCAAAUAUUUUAAUCUUUCUUCUGUAAAAUACAGGGAAACAAUUAUUAUUCAGCCAAAUAGGGACACAAUGGGCAUGAUAAAAGUGGUAGUGGCUUUUGUGAACGUCAAACCUCUUGUAUAUAUUUAAUAUUUAUAUUUAUAUAUGAAAAUAAAGGCAAAAAGAACGGUUACU